GUUAUAGAAACCAGUGACACACGAUUUAAAGUUUAUUUAACUGUAUAACAUCAUAUACAUUUAACUUGAUCGUAACUUGUAUUUGUGACAAUAUGGAUGUAGUACCACUACUGGUAUUACUGUCGUGUCUAGAUGUUGUAGUUACAAUGAAGAAAAAACAAGGUUGUUUUACACCAGCUAGCAUAUCGUGUUAUAAUACAACACUAUCAUGUGAUGACGAUCAAAUUAUAGAUCUACAGAAUAUAGAACUUAUAGGUAGAUGUAAGGGAAAAGACGGUUGUGUUGAACAAAAGGAUGACAAGAAAGAAUUCUAUCAGUUUACCUUGAAAGAUGUUAUAUCUAUUUACAACCAUUGUUCUUCUAAACACGCAUGUACAAUAUUCUCACCACAUGAUGUUGGUGGAAAUAAGGGUGACUACGAUUACAUGAAAUACACAUACCAGUGCUUGGAGGUUACUACCACAAGUACGACUGCUUCUACUACCAUGGACACCACUUUAAGCAGCAACUUUAACUCUACCUUUCCUUCGAUUACUGAAAACACCACAAACAUACACAUUGAUAAUAAUAAUAACAGUAGUACGGAUGCCAUCCAAGCAACGGAUGAUACCACUGCAUCUACUACAACUUUAAGCAGCGACUUUAAUUUUCCCACCCCUUCAACUACUGUUUAUACCACAAACAUACACAUUGAUGAUAAUAGCAGUACCACGGAUGCCAUGAAAGAGACGAAUGUUACCACUGCAUCUACUACAACUUUAAGCAGCAAGUUUAAUUCUACCGUUCCGUCAACUACUGUAAAUACCACAAAUACAAACAUUGAUGAUAAUAAGAGUAGCACGGGUGUUAUUACAGAGACGGUUUGUAAUAAUAUAUGUAGUAACACGGAUACCAUUAAGGAGACAGAUGAUAAUAGUGUAAUAACAGCUGUUGUAGUAACCGUUAUUGUGGUGAUAGUGGUAGAGGUUGUGGUUGUGUUAAUCAUCAUCUAUAUCUACAGAAAACGUAGAGUUAAACAUACCUUUAAUACUGAUCGAGUUAUGAAAAUUGACAAGACGACUGAUGCCUACCAGGAAAUACCGAACUUCAGCAGUUAUGAAACUAUAGUAGAUCCAGGAUUAAGGUCAACCCUGUCAUCUGAUCAAGCUGCCACUACCAAUCUUGCCGAGACGAUUGAAGUUGGUAAAACAUGUAAACCUGAAAACCCAGUUUGUCAUAUUUUACAACCGGGUGAAGAUGAAAAGUUACCACGUCACCACCUAAAAGCUGGUGAUACAUAUGACUAUAUAGGAGAAAACAAGCUAGACUUAACAGCUAGUGAUACGUAUGACCAUAUAGGAGUAAAGAAUCCAAUCCACAAAGACAAGAAGCAAUUCGAUGCACCCGCCCAACACCCCAGCGUUCCCUUGACAACACUGACAAAUUAUGAAAAUAUUAAACUUGGCGACAACUGUAAUAUCAAAGAUGACAGUACAUAUAACCAUUUGUAUUCGGAUAACAACAAAACUGAACCAGAUGCUGGUGUAACAACCAACCUGGGUGAUGAUGAUACAUACAACCAUUUGCAUGACACACCAGCUCAUGAAAAACCUGACGUAAGUCUUGAUAUCAUGGAAGAUAUCUGUUACACAAGACCUGGUGCCAUGAACGAUAACUCUGAAGAUAACGACACAUGUAACCACUUGCACGAAGGGUAGGACAUGAAACUGAGGUUUUGUGCGAGAUAGAAUAUGUUGACUUUUUUCUAAAUGUCGAACACAAUAAACUACUACUAUGUAAUAAAUUGUUGUUGUAAAUACCCAUAUGUUAUAAAUUGUUGUUGUAAAUACGGAUACAUGAAUGUUAACUUUCUAUCCGAUUAAAAAUAAAUAUAUGUUAACCUACAGGCAAAUGACAGUGCUAAUAUCACUUUAACUGUUAAUGUCUCUUUAAUUUUAUGCCUUCAGAUAUUAUAUAAAUUAGUAUGUAGACAAUUAUUCGCUAAACGUGGACAUCGAGAAUUCGUUUAUUAUUGCGACAAUACUACUUUACAUUCACGAUUAAUUUAGUCAAAACUUCAAAUAUUCAAAACUUCAAAUAUUCCUAACUUCACGCAGCAAUAUGUGAUUGUAAUUUCCAAUAUAUUCUGUUUUCAAUAUCCACUUGUAUACAAUUAUACGAAGAACGACUAUAUUGUUACAUAAUUCAUCUUUAAGUAAAAUGAUGACUACUUUUUAUAGACUAAGCCUUAAAUUAUACGAUGUAAAAGGUGGUGAUGAUUAUAAUAAAUCCAAUCAUCCAAACCUCUCAUUUUAAAUGCACAAUAUCCCAGACAUUGUCAAAACAUAAAAUUGAUUGAAAUCGAACAGCCUUAUUGUGAUCAUGUUUCAUUGAUAUCACGCCACAAUCUGUAUUAUCUUACAAAUAUCAAUACAAGCUAGAUUUAUUAACACGCAUCCAAGUGAUGGUGAUGUUUCUUUUUGUUUUAUUUGUAUAAAGAACUAUGCAGAGUCUUAUAUAGAAGUAUUGUAUGACAUAGUAAUGUUUCUUUUUAUUAGCAAAUCUAUCAAAAAACAUCCAGGUGAUGAUGGUGUUUAACCUAGGUUUGUUUUUGUUUUAUAUAGAAGUAUUAUAUACUAUAGGACUAUACCAAUGCAAUAUAACAGUUUUGUAUCUAUUGUAUUAAAUUAUCUUUGUCACAAAAUCGUUUAUUACAACUAGUUCCUCUAAUAGAUCACACAUCGAUCGUUACGUUAACACAGUAUGUUAAUACAUGACGUUAAGAUAAACCGUUCCUUAUAAAAUAUUGAAUCGUUCAUUAGAAUACGUUAAAAGAUGAUGUGAUGAUGGUUUUGAUGAUUACUACGUUUGAUGAAUACGUUUGAUGAGAUGAUUACAUAAGAUGACUACGUUUCGUUUUGACGGUUUCUUUACAAUAAAAAUAAUAUAUCGUUACGAUUAAAUAAUAACACGAGUUUAACAUUCUAAAUUCAGGACAUCGUUACAAAUAAACUUAAUCGAGUACUAGAGGGGAGAGUUGUCCCUUGUACUUACAUGAAAAGCACAUGCGCUAAGACAUGGGCGAUACGACGAGUGUCAUUCCUCGAAACAACACAAUCAUUAAUUUAUGCAAUUAAACCGUAAAACAUUUGAAGAACUAUACAUAAUAAAUCAUGACCAGAAAACAUCUAUGUACUAAACAUAUAAUCACUAAAAGCUUAAUAACAUCUUGUGAGGAACUACAGGGCAUACGAAGAUACGUUUCACAUUUUUAUAAACGACAAACAAUGUCGACUUCGUUAACUACAUGACCUUGACCGAAAAUAAACUAAUAUAUAGAACAAUACAAGGAUCAUAACAUUAUAAAAUAUAGACUCGGAUACACCACAAAUGAAAACAAUGCGAAUUCUGCCGUAACAGUAUCUUGAUAUCAUAUCAGUAUCCUUAUGACGUUAACAUUAUUGUAUAAUAUAGUACCUUAUAUUAAUGUUAUAUAACAGUAUUGUAAAAUAUAA